GUAGAGUCUGCGAGAGAGAGAGAGUGUGCGUGUGUUUGCGCGAGUACGUGCCUGCGUGCAUGCGAGACUGGUAUUUGUCGAGUAAGUGGCGGCCAUCAUUAAGACAUGUUCCUUAAGCAAUGUCACUUGGCAAAUAAAUUAAUUUGUCUUUUUUUUUUUGUCAGUAAGUUCCUUUGUCUUUUUAUGUCGAUCUCUCUCUCUCUUACUCUUUCUUUCUUUGUGCCUGUGUGAGGCACGUUUGUAUCUCUAAUGUAUUAUGCACCCGAGCGAGCACAUUACAAAGUUCAAAACCUUUUUAAAGCUCCUUUCGUUUCGUGUGAACACACCCAUUCUUUGUCGUUCGUUGUGAUAAUUUAUACUUCUCGCACUCUGAUCGUCCUACAAUAACUAUAGUUAUUUCCUUUCUUUAAAACUUGCAUGAUUAAUGAAUUAAUUUUUAUCUCUGACAAAAGUUUUAGACUAUGCCCCGCCUGAAUCAGCGCAAAUGCUCGUUAGUGUAAUGACAGCAUCAUAUUGGAUGGGCGCUAAUUACAGUGGGAGGUUAAGUUCUUCCUGCUGGCAGCUUCCUCCCUAGAGUCGGACAGAACUUUCCACUCUAUAUAUAGCCCUUAUACCAUUCACAAAGAGACGUGUAUAAAUAGCAGGUGAAGGCACUCUGUUCACAGUCGACCGACCGAUCCUCUCUUGGAACGUCUGUGAGGUGGCAGCUGCUCUACCGACUAUCAUCACAAGAUGGAUUCUUUAUGGCACAUGCUUGGUGUCUCAAUUCUGCAAAUGUCGCUCGUGGUUCUAAUGUCGUCCAGAUCUUUGUCAUCGCCGUUGGCGCAAAGGAAAGCGACCUCUGACCUGUGGCCGAUGGCGCCGAGCGCCGCUGCGGGUAAGAGUCACCUGCUGAUGUGGGUUCGCACAGAGAAGCAGCUGAUGCCGCUGGUCACCUCGCUUGCUGACUCCGCUCUUGACCUUCUCUUGUGUCAGUGUAAGGCGGCGGGCUACACCGAGCUUAUGACAGAGUGCCUGGAGUACGCCGCAGACCUUAACGACACCCAGCCUCUACCCGGUUUUCCCUCGGCAAUGGCCCUUCGAGCAGAAAACCAGAAACAUUUUGCUAAAGUGUUGAUAGAGGACGUGGUGGUGGCUAUGCACAGCCUGGAGCACCUGAUGGCCCCGCUUGCUGAAAACUUGAAGCAGUGUCACCUUCAAGACAAGUUUCUUCCCAGUCUGCGGCUCGCCAACCGACAGUUUGGAAAUAUGGUGAAAUCAUUCUACAAUUCCAACUUAAAAGACGCCAAGGUGCCAACUACUAAAAGAGUUUCAACUGGGCAGAGCGGUGUCCAGAUGCCAAUCAAAGCUUUAUACAAUACUUACAACCGUCUGAAGCUUAUCGAGUCUGUCCUUGGGUAUUACCUGGAUCUUUCGUGGUUUUCGAGACUGGAGAGUCUGGCCAAGGGAAAGAAAACUCUCGCCAGCCAAGGAGAAUAAUACCAAAAGUACAUUAACUGUCCUGUAAUUGGCAUUUUGGAUCGUACAUCACAUUCAGUGGUAAUAUAACAUCGUCACCCAUGUUUUUAAAUUUCCGACUAAAGGCUAAAUAGUGAUACUUGCAGCUGUAACACUACUGCCUUGCUGUUUCGCUCACUUCACUUGCAAAGGGUUUAAAUGUCAAGUGCUGAGAGCAUUUUAGCCCGCCUGAAAAUGGAGGCUAUAUUUAUUUGUGUAAUUUGCCACUCAGAAUACCCGUCCGCAUCAUUGUUGAAUCAAAUUUCUUGAGCUUUUUGUUCCUCGUCUGUCUCCUAUCUUUCUCCGUUCGGAGAAAUGCAUUUCCUGUGUACUAAUAUGUGUGUGUGUGAGAGAGAGAGCACAAGCACUGUUUAGCGUCUGACACCACUUGCACCUGUUCAUUCAUCCACUUGUCGACACCACAAAAUAAUGCGUGGUAAAUUUUCAAUAAAGUUUAAUUUUGUAGAGCUCAAAUGUCUAGAAGUGUUCACUAAAAUCAUCAACACGUAAUUAACCGUAUUACUGCUUGCACGAAGCCAUGCAUUUCGCCAUCUAUUCGCCUGCGUGACAUAUCCCUAUCCUCCGUGUAAAUAUAGAUUAGUGAAACACCUAAUAUUGCAGACGCGCAACGGUUAGCACCCGUCACCAAUACAGGGAGGGUUGGCUGUCCUGGGUUCAGCUCUCGUCUCGGCACGCUGUUCUUUCUCUGCAUGCGGCAUUAGUCUACAGCGCUGGCUGUCUUACCGUGAUAUAGCCUUAGGUGCUGAUUCGGUGUAAAAUUUAAUUUCCCCCAAAAGAAAUUUGUUAUCAGUUCUUUUCGCUGCUUGCUUGCGAUGCCCCGUUCGUCAUCUCCACCCCAUUUGUCUCGGGAUAUAGCACCUUAGUACAGGAAGAGUUGGACAUCUGCUGACUUGGCGUAAAAACCAACCAGGCAAUCCACCAUUUUUCUAACAACCUACUCUCGUCACUCAUUUCUACCCUUUUUCCUACCAGUCAUGGCGGCAGGUUCGUGUGGUGAUGGUGGUAGAAGUGUGGUGCAGGAGGGGGGGACGGGGAGGACAAAAGGGAAGGGCAUUGUGACCUUUCUACAUUUAGCCAGUCUGGCAGCCAUCAUCGAUUUUGUUUUCUCAGUGGCUCGUGAAUCCCGUAUUUUGGAGAAAUCUGGAGAUUCCAGUGGCUUUGCUAUUUUUUCUGUGCUUUUUUUUUUUUUUUUUUUUUUGUAAGUUGCAUCCGAAUUUGAGUGACCGUGGUCUGCUGACCAGCUCCGAUUUUCCGAAAAUCGUGUUAUAUAUCAGUAAACUAUUAGCCUUUCCGCCCCUCUCCUCCCACGACCCCAAAGGAAUGGAAAAAACCCCAAUUUCUGGACGCUUGAUAAUGCGACUGGGGCAGUGUCUGAGAACACCUUGUCGUAGAAGAAAAGAUGCGACCUCACAUGCGGUGUCAUUGUUUGUACAGAGCAGCACACCACCUUGUAGUGUCACUGAGGACAUUAUAUCGUUCGCGGAGUUUGCGCUGAUGGUCGCACUGGAGGGUGGAAUGAAAAACUUAGGUGUAUGUAUUCCUUAUGCACCGGGAAGAAUGUGUAUGUGUGUGAGAGAGAGAGUGUCUGUGUGUGCGCGCGUGCGUGCGUGCUUGGGCCAGAGAUUUUUGGCCGGGGAAAACAGGAAUAGAUUUUUGUUUUCUUGAUAAAAGACGUGAGUUUCUAGAAAACCUGGACAUUCCGUUGUGUUUUUGGUGGAAUCGCAAUUUCCGAAAAAUGCUCCGAGGAAAAUGACCAUCUUCUCAUCCCCACCACCAAUAUUUUUUUUUUAACCUCGUUUUCUGCAAAUUGUGUAGAGAUGUAGAUUACUUGUGGCUUGUAAUCGACGUUUCUCCUCUAUCACUAUUUUGUUUAUGCGCUCACACUUUCUUCAGUCAACACUUGGUUCGUCUGGCGCCACUGGCCUGCUAAUUACAGGUCUUUCCGCACUAAAGUGCUUAGCGCAUGUCUCAGCGUUGAUUAUCGUCCGAAGCAGGAGCAAGUUCAAGAAUGAAAUCCUUGAGAGGAGCUACAAACGCUGUUGGCAAGCAUGCACGUCUUACCUAACAUGUAGAGCUAAUUUCUUUUACAUGUAAUGUCUAGAAUAUAACGUGUCGCAUGCGUUAUAUAUUGUUAUGUGUUUUUUGUGUAAGGUGUCGCAACUAGGUGAUUAAGUACGAUGUUUUUAUUGAAUGAAAUGGACAAAACGCAAAUAGUCCUCAGCGUGGUCAUUUU